UCACGUUGUAAAGGCUAAACAAUACGCGCAUUAGCCCGAACGAAUGACAUCCCGAUGACUAAGAUGACAUGCUACACCGCCUCUCAGCACGUGAUAAGUUGACACUGUCGGACAUAAAUACCAGCAAUGAACUUAGGUUGAGGCCUAGCUUCUUAUCCUCUUAAUAAUCAAACACUUCUCUGAACUCCUUCUUCAUAUCAUUGCUGCAAUAUAUAGCUAAGAUGCUACAGUGGCUAGUUCCCCGUCUGCUACUACCAAAUUUCUCAUGGUCGGAUCAUAGGGCGACACUUCUCAGCGACCAACUACCACCUAUUCCUCGCAUAACUCACCCACGUGUCCGUCAAAUUUGGGGCAUCAUUCAUACAUACCUCAGACGGUUUUCAAAAUCUUAUUGCAGUUGGGUCGGAGUUCCCUACGAUAAUCAGAUCGCUCAGCUUCCUUUCGGGCUGAUUCUCAAGUGGUCUGAUGGUACUCGGCUAGAGGAAGUUGUGGCUAUGCAAGUUGCUAGGAAAGCAGGCCUACCCGUGCCAAAGGUUAUCUGCUAUGGAGAGCACACUGAUAGUCCUCAUGCGCCGGUUUCAAUUCUGAUGACGCGUGUUCCUGGCCAGGAGUUAGGUCAGGUUUACAAGACACUGAGCGACGAAGAGAAAGAGGCGGUGUCUCGACAACUUGAUCAGUAUCUAACGUGUUUAAGAAACUGGGAAAAUCCGUGGGGCGAAAGAAAAAUCUGCUCUAUAGUAGGAACGCCCAUUAGAAGUGUCCGGGUACCCAAUCAUCUUGCAGGGCCGUUCAAGUCAGAGAAAGAACUCAACAAUUAUUUGAGAGAACCUGCCUGGUCAGGGGGUUUUUCGUCCGAAAAGGUUUAUCACGAGACAAUGAAUCGAGCGAGAAAAAUAGACGAACUACCCCAUCGCAUUGUCUUUACGCAUGGAGAUUUGAAACACCACAAUAUUAUGAUCCAUAAAGGGCACAUCACCGGCUUUCUAGAUUGGGAAUCAGCAGGCUGGUAUCCUGAAUAUUGGGAAUUCACAACAGCGUUGAGAUUCGUGCCACAGACCUUCUGGUGGUAUCACUUUGUGAUUGAGCUUGGUGGGAAGUCUUUUAUGCAGGAAUUAGAUUGUGAGAGGGCAUUGACUUCCUUGACUAGUGCCUCUUAUUACUGGUGAAUAUUCUACUUGUCUUCCAAAGUUCUAUCGAAUGGUUUAUGCUCUUUCUCAAGUUCUGCCAAGUUCAUCUUUACUUGUGUUGCACAAACUCAGUUGACCAAAGAGGAAAGUGAUUAAUCUCACAUAGUAGUCCUUAUCUCUAGCUCGUGCACGUACUGCCCGUCCAUCUGCAUUUUCAUUUCACGUGGGUAACACGAACAGACGUGAGAAUAGGUUUUGCUCAAGAUCCGGGUUAAGAGAUAAGAUUGGAGCUUGGUUAAAGAGAUUCAGACAUGAUAAACUAAGUGCAAUGCCAAUUCAAUAUACACCAAAAGAGAUUUUCAAGAGGACUAAUGCUGAAUAGACUGGGUCCGCCUCAAUCCAUUGCAGCCAGUCUGGUCUU